UGGUGGCGAGGAGUGAGGCUCGGCGGAGAGGCCUGACCAGGCAGGGCUUGCUUGGGUUGGAUGUGCCGGCCCGGCUUUGUGGUUGAGGUUGGGUCUCAGCCACUGGGCCCGGGAAGAUGGUGCUAGGUGGUUGCCCGGUGAGUUACCUACUUCUGUGCGGCCAGGCGGCUUUGCUGCUGGGGAAUCUACUUCUGCUGCACUGUGUCUCUCGGAGCCAUUCGCACAACGCUACCGCCGAACCCGAGCUCACAUCCGCUGGCGCCGCCCACCCAGAGGGCUCCGCCGGCGCUCCGAGCUGGGAAUAUGGCGACCCCCACUCUCCAGUCAUCCUUUGCUCUUACCUACCUGAUGAAUUUAUAGAAUGUGACGACCCAGUGGAUCAUGUUGGAAAUGCAACUGCAUCCCAGGAACUCGGUUAUGGUUGUCUCAAGUUUGGUGGGCAGGCCUACAGUGACGUGGAACACACUUCUGUCCAGUGCCGGGCCCUCGAUGGCAUUGAGUGUGCCAGUCCUAGGACCUUCCUACGGGAGAAUAAACCUUGCAUAAAAUACACGGGACACUACUUCAUAACCACUUUGCUCUAUUCCUUCUUCCUGGGAUGUUUCGGAGUGGACCGUUUCUGUCUGGGACACACUGGCACAGCAGUAGGAAAGCUGUUGACACUUGGAGGACUUGGGAUUUGGUGGUUUGUUGACCUUAUUUUGCUUAUUACUGGAGGGCUGAUGCCAAGUGAUGGCAGCAAUUGGUGCACUGUUUACUAAAAAGAGCUGUUGUCAUGGCCCAGAGAGGCAUGUCUUCCUACAGGCUCAAAACUCUUCCUUGAUAGCAGACCUGAUUAUUACUUUCCCUCCCUGGAGGGAAUCGGUUUGGUUAGGAAGGUUUCUUUGGACUCUGGGUUUUCAACCCAAAUUUUACCUUGCAGACUAGAAAUGACAAGCAAACAGUGUUUGGGAAUCAAGUGUGUACCUUUCCUCCAUACAAAAUAUAAAGGCUAGUGACUAAUAAGUUGCAGAGGGGUUUCCAUGCUGUAUUUCUGUACAUUGCUGUAUCUUCAAUACUUUGGAGCAAGUGGACCCAACAAGAUGAGCAAAGUGAAUAUUUUUAGCCUUGUGCCUUUUGUGACCCUGAAUCUUCAUGCAGAGGAGAUCUGAAGCUAAACCAAUGAAAAUCUUCAGCAGAAGUAAAAUGGCCAUGGAUUUUAAUACACACUGAAAUUCUAACUUUCUGAAUUUAAAUUGUGGAAUAAAUUUUGCCAACCUGGAAUGCUGUUUGGUAUUUUCAAUAAGUAGAGUGAGACUCAAAAUUCUGUAUGUUUUGCUAAAAGCUAGGCAUUUGAAAUGAACCACUCUACUAAUAAACCCUAUUGUUACGUCAUUAUUAUGCUCCAGAGGCAGUAUAUGCAGUACAAUAAUUUCUUCAUUUCAAUUAUAUUUUGAAAGCCCAACAAUAAUCAGGUCUGUCUGGGUUAAGCUAUCCUCUUGGCUAUCCUAUCUAAAAAUUAAUUAUUUACGAGUUCAGAGAGCCUAUGUUGUAGGGCUGGUAAAAAAGAUCUACAACUAACUAUAAAACUAUUCACAAUUAUGUUAGGUAAGUUGUAAAGCCUCGUACCUUUGGGGGGAAAAAAAAAGCAAAAUAGAUUCUUACUUAAAGGACAGAAUUACUGAGUAUUGGGUGGAGUCAGGAUGUGAUUUAUGGGGGCAAAAAGAACACAUUCGUUCAAAAUAAACAUGGUACCAGAAGCUCUCGCUGUGGACUACCAGAGUCCAUUGUCGGGAAAAAGAGACAGCCAAGCUUUUGCAUUCCCAAAUCACUGGGAAUAAAAGGAAAUGUUCUGAAUUAUAAGUUCGGAGAAACUAGUUCCCAUCCUUUGCAAUUUAAGUUGAAAAGAACUUUUAAAUAUGAAGUAAAAGGAGGACUUUUCAGACAAGUCGAACUAAGAGCCCGAUAUUUGGGAUAAAUCCUAGAAACAAUCAAGGAAGAACUACUCAAAUGUUACUCUCCUAAUAGUUGACUUAAAGAACCAAGAAUCACAGUUAAAUUGAUACUGGAUAUGCUCUAUCAUUAUGAAGCCUCUUUUCUAAAAGUUUCAGCUUUAUUAUCCCUGAUUAUUACAAUUACUGUUCUUAUAUUAUUAAAUGGUGAAUGUGUAAAAAUUAAAACAAAUUAUUCUGUCUUGAAAAUUCUGUACCACAUUGAACUUAACCUUGUUUGUAACAGUAAUAAUUGGUAGAUUCUUAUUCAUAAUGUCUGUACUAUAAGUAUAUAGUAUUUUUUAAAUUGUUGGAGGUCGUAAAGAAACCGGACCCCCUCCCCAGGAAAAAAUGCACAUAAACAAAAUUUUGCAUAGAAUUUAAGGAGAUGCCAUAUUUAAAAAAAAAAAAAAUCCUAACUUGUAAGAAAAAUCUGGAAAACAAAUUAAAAUCUUAGCGAAGAAAAUAAGAUACUACUCUAAGCCACAAAUCCUGCCUCAUCUUAAUACUUGUCAAAAAAAAUCUCCUCAGGAUAUUCACAAACCCCAUCAAAAGCUAUUUUCUUUAAAAACACCAACACUUUGGCAGCUUUCAGACUCAAAUCACUAAUGUUGCCAGGAGGACGAGCGUGGGUAAGAAGGUCAAAGUCUAUAAGUUAUUGAAGGAUCUGUCCUAUAAAAGAAACCUUCUCCCAGUCAGAAAGCUUUUGGAGACCACUGCCAGGGUGAUCAUGAGAAUCUAGUAUUUCUCUGUGACAAUCUGCAGUUGUCAGUUUGAAUUUGACUUACAAACCGUGCUCAUCCUCCAUAUCUACAAACCCUGGCCAAAUGUGGUACAGCCUCAAAAACUGAUUGAGAAAGGCAGUGUUAUGAAAAAUUGGAUUUCCUUUGCACUUUGGAUUCAGGUUGUUUCUUCAUAUUUGGUAGGUUUAUUCGUGUGUGUGUCUGUGUGUGUGUGUGUGUAUACACACGUUUAUGUUACAUCCAGUUUGUGGCUAUAGAGAACUUUUAAAAUCCACAAGUGUCCUUCUGUCAAGGUUAAAUUAGAAACUGUGCUUGUUUUUCAGUUGUUUCCUGUGUUGAAAUAAAAUGCUAUCAGCUUCCCAGA